GUGGCAAUAAGUAAGUCCUUAUAAACCCCUUUAAAUCAUUCCGUCCGACAGUCACAUAUUUCAAAGAUGGAAGAAGAAAGAGGUCUUCUUAAUUGGGUUCAUUUUUACCCCCAAGAAAAGAGUAUGGAUGAUGAAGUAAGGCAAUCACUUGUGCUGGAAGAGGAGCUCAAACUCAAGGAUCAAGAAAUCUCCCAUCUGAAAGAAACGAUCGCCGCCGCCAUUAGAGAGCGAGACGAAGCUCGAGAUAACUGCCGAAGAUUACUCUACGAAAAGAUUCUUCUCCAACAACAUUCAGUCAGCAUUAUCGAAGAAGAAGGUGAUCCUGCAGUACGAGGAAUAAUCGGAGGAGUUUCCUCCUCCGACUCCGACGACAGCAUCGUCUCAUCGCCGCCGCCGCAGGUCGAAGCGGAAACCGAGUUUCCGGCGGGUCUGAUUAUAAACAGGCCUUUGCCGGAAAAGGGCAAGCUUCUGCAGGCGGUGAUGAAAGCCGGGCCGCUGCUGCAGACGCUCCUCCUCGCCGGGCCUCUUCCGCAGUGGCGCCACCCUCCGCCGCCGCUCGACACGUAUCAGAUUCCGCCGCCGCCGCUCUCCCUCCGGCAAGACCCGCCGUCGUCAUUACUAUUACACAACAGCAACGACAACGUUGAUUCUGAUUACUUCAUUAAUGAAUUCAAGUAUCAAAGAGUUGUUCUUCAAUGAGGUCCUUUUUCUUAAAUAAAAGAAAAAAAAAAUCGUGUAAUUUUGUUUUAUAUUUAGAAGGGUAAAUAGCACUUUAACCCCCUAUGGAUUAAUCUCUGUGCACAUGACCCCUCGUACUUUCUAUAUAGCACAAAUGACCCCUUGUAUUUUAUUAUAAGCACAAAACCCCUUGUACUUUAAAAAAUUUCUUCUUUCUAACGAGCAUGAUUAUUUACUAAGUGGAAUACCAUAAGAGAGUUAUGUGUUGAGAUUAAAA